UUUCAAAAUAUGCUCUCUCUUUUAACGAGAAUUAACUUGACUAUUUAGAGAUUAAUGCAGGAUAAAGAUAAUCAAAGUAAUAAUGAAGAAAAAUUAGCAGAGCAGCAGAUACCUAAUACAAUAAUUAUUCAGAAUAAAAAUGAAGAAGCCAAAGAGAGCCAGAAAAAUAAAAAUGACGCCACAAACAGCGAAAAGACUAGAUUUCUAAAAAGAGUUCCUCAGUUAAAAACUGAAAUGAAGUUGAGAAGCACCAUAGCUUAUGAUAAAGCUAUCAGUGUUCUGAAGAUGGAGAGAAAGCAAAAUAAAGAUCUUCAGAUAUCAAAUCAAAUAAAUGCACUUGGUAAAAAAGAAGAGCCACAGUUUGUCAAAUAGAACGGUUAACUAUUCAAAUGUCUAUGAUGGAGAAAUUUUUGAAGGACCUAAAAUGAGCAAAGAGGAGCAUGCAGAGAACUUAAAGAGAAUCAGAGAAUACAACAGAGACCAAAGUCAAAGGAGCAAGGGGGAUAGAGCAGUCACCCAGACUUUAGAAAACCUGGAUAAGCAUCCUGAAAUUGGCAAGAUUAUUGGGCACAAGAAGGAGCAGAAAGAGAAGAUGAGGGAUACACUCAAAGAGAAAAAUACUGUUAGGAAUAAGAGUGCAGAAAGAGGUAGAGCAGUAGAUGGAGAAGAAAUAAAGGAAAAUAAAGAGAUUAAAUCGAUCGUUAAGGAUAAACAGAAAUCAAAGAGUUCUAAAUAGGAAAAGUUUGAGGAAAUCAGGAUCAAGAAAUAAGAUAAAGGAUGAAAAUUCAUACUCUAAAUCAGAACUACUUAAAAAUAGGAAGAAGAUACUUGCCAAGAUGCCUUUAUUCGAGGCUCUUUAUAGAAGAGCCACUGGAAAUCCAAAGCCUCCUCCUGAAGUGGAGAUUCUAAAACCAACUCCUAAAAUAAAUCAUCGUCCUAAUGCAUACAGGAAUAAAUCUAGUACUAGAUUAUCUCGAAAUAUACCGAUCGAUGAGGAUAAGCACAAAGCAAGAACAAGUAUCAAUUUGGCAAAGCAAAAAGCUAUAAUUAAACAGAAGAGUGUAGCUGAGAUUAAAACCAAGAUUGUCAGAGCUCAGUUUAUGUCUAAACCCAAGAACUCUGGAGUUCUUUUGAAGAAAUUGUUUAUGAUCAGUAACGACAUUAACAAAGACUCGCCUUUAAAAAUGCAGAAUUCUGAAGGAACGAUAGUUAUUCCCCAGGAGAAAUCUAACCAGACUUCACGACAAAGAUCAAUAACAAUGAUGCUGUUGGAUAGGAAAGCGAAGGACCUUCAGAUUGAGAGAGAAAACAAGAGUCUUCAAGACAUUUUGAGGACUAAAUAUUUUCAGUGAUAUGGAAAUCCCACACAAGAAAACCAAUCAGCUGAUAAACCAAUGCUCAAAAGCAAAGCUCAGCAAGCCUAUAACCCUCCUCUCUUUACAUCUUCAGCUUUGGGAGGCUUCAAAAAUGCAAUCAAUAAGCCAAAGCCUGAAUUCCCACUAAUUAAGGAUGGAUCAAUCCAGUUGAUGGUAGAAGGAGAUUCAAUUAUUAGCCACAAAGAAAGAGAAAGAAGCAAAGGAACUAUAGAUGCUACUUACUCUAAUAAAGAAAGCAAAAGAUUAAACCUGACAGAAAAUAAGAUCAAUGGAAGCAGGUCUUUGAGUAGUAGAAACAAAGACUUGAUUUUCUCUACUUUUGCACAAGCAGCUAGUCGAGAGAUCAGAAUCAAGCCCGCUUUAAACAAAUUCACUAAGAGUAAAAGCCACAGAUAUCUCAACGCACACAUCAAAAGACUGACUAAGAAAUAAGGAUAUCAAGAUUGACAAUAAAGGUGUCUUCAAUUAUGACCCCCAGGAGGACCUAAACUAUGUUGACAAAGGACAGAGGAAAAGUCUGAGCAAAUAUCCUAAAAAGUUACUGUCCAGAGAUGCUAAAAGCCAGGCAACUCUGAGGAGAUAUAACUUGGCCAGAAGUCAAGAGACAGAAUCGACAAACAGAAUGGAAGAUAUAAUAGCAAGAGUAAACGAAUCAAAAAUCCCUGUGGAUAAAUUCUUCGAAAAGAAAAAUGUCUCCUUUAUGAAAAUGCUCAGUAGGUUAGAUACCAAUUUUGAUCAAAAUCCAAGCUCUUUACAAGAGAUUGUCAUCCAGAAGAGAAGAUUAAUAGCAAACCAGGAGAAAAGAUUUAAAGGGGUCAAAGUUAAAAAUAUUUCACAAGAGAAAGAAUUAAAAAAAUAGUAAAUAUAUAGUUAUAAAGAGCAAGAUAGCUACUGAUAUCGAAAAAUAUAAAUAGAAAUUUGACUAAGAGAGACAUGAAAGAAGAUACAAAUUCCGAAUAUGGAGCCUCAGAUGUCAAUCAAGAUGAAACAUUUUUUCAUAAUAAAAACUCUAUUUUGGCAGAUAAUGAGCUUAACAAUAAAUCAGACUGAGAGAAUUCAUCAAAAUCGUUAAAAGACCUUAAAAUUGAUAAUGAUAAAACCUUUAAUGAAGAGCAUUUUCAGGAAGUUACAGAACACUUGAAUAGCAGAUUUAGCAUUAAAAUUGGACAUUCAAAAAUGGUUAAAGAAGUUUAUCAAAAUAAAUUUGAAGAUAAAGUAAAUGAAAACGAGAAUUGUGCAAGCAAUAGUCACGACAGCAAUCAUAAACAUAGCAACAGCGCUAAAUCUUUUUCAGUUUUAAGUGCAAAAUAUAACAGCUGGAAUAAACCUCAAAAGAAGAAGAGACACAUAGAACCUACAAUGACCUCUGUGAAUUUUAAUAAGAAGGAUCAACCUCUUAAAACUCAGCAUAGCCCCACCUCAAAAUCUUCUCAAAAAGCACCAAUAAAACUGAUACCAAAACCUGAAAACCCUUCCAGAAGCACACUUGAAACCAUGCUUAAGAAAUCACACAGAAAGUUAGUGCCCACAUCGAUAUCGGAGAGGCGUAAGGCUGGAGUUAGGUCGGCAAUGCAGAUCAGGAGGGAUAGGAAACAGAAAUUGAAGAGGAGAAAUUCAGAGAGAAAUCUUCUUUAGAGGUGAGAGAUGUUAGAGAAGAGGAAAAGAAAUUGAUAUUCAAUUCUAGUUAUUCAAUUU